UCUCUCCUUCCUCCUCCGCCUCCUCAGCUCUUGGGCUAGAAUAUCUAUGGGUCGAAACGUGAUGCGAUGAAUUCGAGAGAGAGCGAAACUAGGACGAGGAGUGCGGCGGAAGCGGCGGGACUCCCGGGCAUGGGGGCUUCACCACAAUAGAGGCAGCGCCCCCACCCGCCCCCGCCAGCCCCUCCGGAGCGAAGCCCCCAAACCCCCUCGGGAAAAGGAUGGCGGCGGCACCUACCCAGAUCGAAGCCGAGCUGUAUUACCUGAUCGCUAGGUUCUUGCAGUCUGGACCCUGCAACAAAUCCGCUCAGGUGCUAGUGCAGGAGCUCGAGGAGCAUCAGCUGAUUCCGCGCCGCUUAGAUUGGGAGGGGAAAGAGCACCGAAGAAGCUUCGAGGAUCUGGUGGCAGCAAAUGCACACAUUCCUCCAGACUACCUCCUUAAAAUUUGUGAGAGAAUUGGUCCUUUACUAGAUAAAGAGAUCCCUCAGAGUGUUCCUGGGGUACAGACAUUAUUAGGUGUUGGUCGGCAGUCUCUGCUACGGGAUGCCAAAGACUGUAAGAGUACACUAUGGAAUGGGUCUGCUUUUGCGGCUCUGCAUAGAGGCAGACCUCCAGAACUACCUGUAAAUUAUGUGAAACCUCCAAAUGUGGUGAAUAUCACCUCUGCCAGGCAAUUAACCGGAUGUAGUCGCUUUGGUCAUAUUUUCCCUUCAUCUGCUUACCAGCACAUUAAGAUGCAUAAGAGAAUUCUGGGGCACUUGUCAUCAGUCUACUGUGUAGCAUUUGACCGAAGUGGGAGAAGAAUUUUUACAGGUUCAGAUGACUGUUUAGUAAAAAUUUGGGCUACAGAUGAUGGACGCCUUCUUGCUACACUUCGUGGACACUCUGCUGAAAUUUCUGACAUGGCUGUUAACUAUGAAAACACUCUUAUUGCCGCAGGCAGCUGUGAUAAGGUAGUAAGAGUAUGGUGUCUUCGAACUUGUGCACCCGUUGCAGUCCUUCAGGGCCAUUCAGCUUCUAUUACUUCCAUACAGUUUUGUCCAUCAACUAAAGGCACAAACAGAUACCUCACUUCUACUGGUGCUGAUGGAACAAUCUGUUUCUGGCAAUGGCAUGUAAAAACAAUGAAGUUUAGAGAUCGCCCAGUGAAAUUUACUGAGAGAUCCAGACCUGGAGUCCAGAUAUCUUGUUCAUCUUUCAGUUCUGGUGGUAUGUUCAUUACAACUGGUAGUACUGACCAUGUGAUUAGAAUAUAUUAUUUGGGUUCUGAGGUUCCUGAGAAAAUUGCUGAAUUAGAGUCACAUACGGAUAAAGUUGUUGCUGUUCAGUUCUGUAACAAUGGAGACAGUUUAAGAUUUGUUAGUGGAAGUCGAGAUGGAACGGCAAGAAUUUGGCAGUAUCAGCAACAAGAAUGGAAGAGUAUAGUGCUAGACAUGGCUACUAAAAUGACUGCCAAUAAUUUGCCACCUGGAGAAGACAAGAUCACUAAACUUAAGGUGACUAUGGUGGCCUGGGAUCGCUAUGAUACCACAGUUAUUACUGCAGUGAACAAUUUUCUUUUGAAAGUGUGGAAUUCUAUCACAGGACAGCUUCUUCAUACAUUAUCUGGACAUGAUGAUGAGGUAUUCGUUCUGGAAGCCCAUCCAUUUGAUCAAAGGAUCAUACUUUCAGCAGGUCAUGAUGGGAACAUUUUUAUUUGGGACCUUGACCGGGGGACCAAAAUUCGGAAUUACUUUAACAUGAUUGAAGGCCAAGGCCAUGGUGCGGUGUUUGAUUGUAAAUUUUCACCAGAUGGAAACCAUUUUGCCUGCACAGAUUCUCAUGGGCAUUUGCUGCUUUUUGGUUUUGGAUGCAGUAAAUACUACGAAAAGAUUCCAGAUCAGAUGUUCUUCCACACGGAUUAUCGUCCUCUUAUUCGUGAUGCCAAUAACUAUGUAUUGGAUGAACAAACCCAACAAGCUCCUCACCUCAUGCCUCCUCCAUUUUUGGUGGAUGUUGAUGGAAAUCCUCAUCCCACAAAAUUCCAACGGUUGGUACCAGGACGGGAAAAUUGUAAAGAUGAACAGCUUAUACCACAGCUGGGCUAUGUGGCUAAUGGUGAUGGUGAGGUAGUAGAACAGGUAAUUGGGCAGCAAACCAAUGACCAAGAUGAGAGCAUUCUUGAUGGAAUAAUCAGGGAGCUGCAGAGAGAACAAGACCUGAGACUGAUUAAUGAAGGAGAUGUUCCACAUUUUCCAGUUAAUAGAGCAUACUCUGUUAAUGGUGCUCUGAGAAGUCCAAACAUGGACAUAUCUUCUUCCCCAAACAUCAGGCUUCGAAGACAUAGUAGUCAAAUUGAAGGUGUUAGACAAAUGCAUAACAAUGCUCCUCGGAGCCAGAUGGCCACUGAAAGAGAUCUCAUGGCAUGGAGCAGAAGAGUGGUGGUCAAUGAACUAAAUAAUGGGGUUAGUAGGGUACAGGAAGAAUGUCGAACUGCAAAAGGUGAUAUAGAAAUCAGUCUUUAUACAGUUGAAAAGAAGAAAAAACCAUCUUACACUACUCAAAGGAAUGAUUAUGAGCCUAGCUGUGGGCGUUCUUUACGCAGGACACAGCGCAAACGUCAGCAUACUUAUCAAACACGGUCCAACAUAGAGCAUAAUUCACAAGCAUCAUGUCAAAAUUCAGGUGUACAGGAAGACUCAGACAGCUCCUCAGAGGAAGAUGAAACUGUUGGCACAAGUGAUGCUUCGGUAGAGGAUCCCGUUGUUGAAUGGCAAAGUGAAAGUUCUUCCAGUGAUUCAUCAAGUGAAUAUUCUGAUUGGACAGCAGAUGCUGGAAUAAAUUUACAACCCCCAAAAAGACAAACCAGACAGACAACACGCAAAAUAUGCAGCAGCUCUGAUGAGGAAAAUUUGAAGUCCCUAGAAGAAAGGCAGAAGAAACCUAAGCAGACUAGAAAGAAGAAAGGAGGACUGGUUUCUAUGGCAGGUGAGCCUAAUGAAGAAUGGUUUGCCCCUCAGUGGAUCUUGGAUACUAUACCCCGACGUUCCCCAUUUGUCCCACAAAUGGGAGAUGAGCUUAUCUAUUUUAGGCAAGGACAUGAAGCUUAUGUUCGGGCUGUAAGGAAAUCAAAAAUAUACAGUGUUAAUUUACAAAAACAGCCAUGGAACAAAAUGGAUCUCAGGGAGCAAGAGUUUGUUAAGAUUGUAGGAAUCAAAUAUGAGGUUGGCCCACCCACACUGUGCUGCUUGAAGCUUGCAUUUCUGGACCCAAUUUCAGGCAAAAUGACUGGAGAAUCUUUUUCCAUUAAGUAUCAUGACAUGCCGGAUGUCAUUGACUUCCUUGUGCUACAUCAGUUUUAUAAUGAAGCCAAAGAAAGGAACUGGCAGAUUGGUGAUAGAUUCCGCAGUAUAAUAGAUGACGCCUGGUGGUUUGGGACUGUGGAGAGUCAGCAGCCUUUUCAACCAGAGUAUCCUGAUAGUUCUUUCCAGUGUUACAGUGUUCACUGGGACAAUAAUGAGAGAGAAAAGAUGAGCCCUUGGGAUAUGGAGCCAAUUCCAGAAGGAACUGCCUUUCCAGAUGAAGUUGGUGCUGGUGUUCCUGUCUCCCAGGAAGAAUUGACUGCUUUGCUAUACAAACCCCAGGAAGGAGAGUGGGGGGCUCAUUCCAGAGAUGAAGAAUGUGAACGGGUUAUUCAGGGCAUCAACCACCUUCUUUCCCUGGAUUUUGCCAGCCCUUUUGCUGUUCCAGUGGAUCUCAGUGCCUACCCCUUGUAUUGUACUGUAGUUGCUUAUCCAACUGACCUCAAUACCAUCAGGCGGAGACUUGAAAAUCGCUUUUACAGGAGAAUAUCAGCAUUAAUGUGGGAGGUACGCUAUAUUGAGCAUAAUGCCAGGACUUUCAAUGAGCCAGACAGUCCUAUAGUUAAAGCAGCUAAAAUUGUAACUGAUGUCUUACUUCGAUUUAUUGGGGAUCAGAGCUGUACUGAUAUACUGGAUACCUAUAAUAAAAUUAAAGCAGAAGAACGAAACAGUACUGAUGCAGAGGAGGAUACAGAAAUGGUUGAUUUAGAUUCAGACGGUCCUGGUACUUCAUCUGGAAGAAGGGUCAAAUGCCGAGGCAGAAGACAGUCUUUAAAGUGUAAUCCUGAUGCUUGGAAAAAACAAUGCAAGGAACUAUUGAGCCUCAUUUAUGAACGUGAAGACUCGGAGCCAUUUCGACAGCCAGCCGAUCUUCUUUCUUACGCAGGUCAUCAGGAGCAAGAGGGAGAAUCCUCAGAGUCUGUUGUUCCAGAAAGACAACAAGAUUCAUCUCUUUCUGAGGAUUAUCAAGAUGUUAUAGAUACUCCUGUGGACUUCAGCACUGUGAAAGAAACUUUGGAAGCAGGAAACUAUGGUAGUCCUCUGGAAUUUUAUAAGGAUGUUCGCCAAAUAUUCAACAACUCCAAAGCUUAUACCUCUAAUAAAAAGUCAAGGAUCUAUAGCAUGAUGCUGCGAUUAUCUGCCUUAUUUGAAAGUCAUAUCAAAAAUAUCAUCUCUGAAUAUAAGUCAGCAAUCCAGAGUCAGAAGAGGAGAAGGCCACGGUACAGAAAACGCCUAAGAAGCAGCAGCAGUUCAUUAUCUAGUAGUGGAGCACCUAGUCCAAAAGGGAAGCAGAAACAAAUGAAGUUGCAGCCUAAAAAUGACCAGAAUACCUCAGUAUCUUAUGCCAGGACUAGCUCUCCUUUCUCAUCUCCUGUUUCAGAUGCUGCUGAAGGGCUUUCACUAUAUCUACUUGAUGAUGAGCCAGAUGGGCCAUUUUCUUCAUCGAGCUUCGGUGGAUAUAGCCGAAGUGGAAAUAGCCAUGACCCAGGGAAAGCCAAAUCAUUUCGGAAUAGAGUUUUGCCAGUUAAACAAGAUCACUCCCUUGAUGGACCCCUUACAAAUGGUGAUGGCAGAGAGCCCCGGACAGGAAUCAAGAGAAAACUACUUAGUGCAUCAGAAGAAGAUGAAAACAUGGGAGGAGAAGACAAAGAGAAAAAAGAAACAAAAGAGAAAUCUCAUUUAUCCACCUCAGAGAGUGGAGAGUUAGGAUCCAGUUUAAGUUCUGAAAGUACCUGUGGUUCUGACUCUGACUCUGAAUCAACUUCCAGAACAGAUCAAGAUUACGUAGAUGGAGACCAUGAUUAUAGCAAAUUCAUACAAACCAGACCUAAAAGAAAACUCAGAAAGCAACAUGGCAAUGGAAAAAGAAAUUGGAAGACCAGAGGCACAGGAGGAAGAGGCAGAUGGGGAAGAUGGGGUAGAUGGAGUAGAGGAGGCAGAGGAAGAGGAGGCAGGGGACGAGGGAGUCGAGGAAGAGGUGGAGGUGGCACUAGGGGGAGGGGAAGGGGGAGAGGAGGAAGAGGUGCUUCUAGAGGAGCUACCAGAGCCAAACGAGCACGUAUUGCAGAUGAUGAAUUUGAUACCAUGUUUUCAGGACGUUUCAGUAGACUGCCUCGAAUUAAAACAAGAAACCAAGGCAGGAGGACUGUUUUAUAUAAUGAUGAUUCUGAUAAUGACAAUUUUGUGUCCACUGAGGAUCCUCUGAAUCUUGGUACAUCCAGAUCAGGCAGAGUGCGUAAAAUGACAGAAAAAGCCAGGGUUAGCCAUCUCAUGGGAUGGAAUUAUUAACAGUUAAUAAAUUUAGAAUAACUUAAAAAAUUCAA